CCAAUUAUGUUGAAUCCGUAAACGUCAAAGUCUAUCUGGUCAAAACAAUAUUUUGAGUUGUUUUGAUAAUUUAGCAAAAAUAAUUUCAGUGAUGUGUUGAAAACAUUGUGAGACUAUGAUUGCGUGUGUACAGUGAAAAAUAUAAUAGUUUAGUUAUAAGUUAAUUUGUGUGGCAACAGGAACAAGAUCUUUGGAGUCCAGCUGGUUUCAAACGGAAAAGUGGAGACUUGAAAAUGUCAGAUGAUCCGGGUCCAUCGUCAUUAAGUUCAGAGAUGGCGCACGAGAGCGGCGGCGCGGAGAGCUCGCCGCAGCACACGCCGUCGCCGCCGCACGCGCCGCGCCUGCCGCCCGCCGACACCAGCUUCCACCACCAGAUCAUGCAGAAUCAGAGCCCAAGAAAGAACCAUAUUGCGGAGAGGGCGAAACAAACUUUAGAGAAUAGUUUCCUGUUACAAUUAAAGAAGCAGCAACAGUUGCAACAAGAGAUAUUGUUGCAACACUUUCAACAGCAACGGCAACAGUUGGCAGAGCAACACGAGCAGCAAAUCAGACAUCAUUUGAAGCUAUGGGAGCAGCAGAAGGCUAUGGAGGAGGCGGCGCUGCGCGAGGCCCGCGAGGCGCGCGAGGCGCGGGAGGCGCGCGAGCGGCACGAGCGCGACCGCGUCGAGCUCAUGCGCAAGAAGGACAAGCACGAGCCCUGCGCCACCGCCUCCACGCAAGUCAAACAGAAGUUACAGGAAUUUUUAAAGAAAAAACAGGCUGCCGCGAAUGCCAACGGAACAGUACCUGGUUCACCUUAUAGAAAUUGGGGUAUAGUGAAAUCGUCGUCGGGCGAGUCGAUAACGUCGACGGGCGCGACGGCGACGGCGCACCCGUACCGGCUGGCGGCGCCGCUGCCGCUCGCGCUCAACGCGCCCGCGCCGCAGCCCUCGCCCGCCGAUUACCCGCUGCGCAAGACUGCGUCGGAGCCGAACAUGCUGAAGGUGCGUCUGAAGGCGCGCGUCAUCGAGCGCCGCGCGUCGCCGCUCGCGCGCCGCCCGCUCAAGACGCGCCACAAACACCGCAACUGCGAGGGCAGCUCGGAGCGCGGGUCGCCGCCGGGCGCGUGCCCGACGCCCAUCCGCGAGGAGGAGGAGACGGGCCGCUCGCCCGAGCUGCUGUUCUCGUCGCCCUCGCUGCCCAACAUCUCGCUGGGCCGGCCGCCGCCGCCGCGCCACCUCGCGCCGCAGCCGGUACGUGCCGCACACGCCGCACACGCCGCACACGCCGCACACACACACGCGCACGCAGCACAUACUCACGUGGGGUGUACCGCGCAGGUGCCGGUGUCGCUGCCGCCGGUGUGCGAGGCGGAGUGCGGCGAGGCGGGCGCGCGGCUGGCCAAGCGGCCGCUGGGCCGCACGCACUCGGCGCCGCUGCCGCUGGGCGACCCCGCGCUGCACCCGCCCUCCGCGCACCACUACCUGCGCGACCAGAUACGGAAAACGGUGUUGACGCGCGCGCACGACGCGGCGGCGGCGCAGCUGCGCGAGGUGGGCGAGGAGGGCGAGGUGAUCGACCUGACGGCGCGGCGCCCCGCGGCCGGCGCCCCCGCGCUGCCGCCGGGCGCCGCGCCCGUGCCCGCCGUGGGCGCGGCGCCCCUCGCGCGCGCGCUGUCGUCCCCGCUGGUGGGCGCGCGCACCCCCCCCACCGGCCUCGCCUACGACGCACUCAUGCUCAAACAUGGGUGCGGUUGCGGCGCGCACGCCCCCACGCACCCGGAGCACGGCGGGCGGCUGCAGUCCGUGUGGGCGCGGCUCUGUGAGACCGGCCUCGCCGCGAGGACGGAGCGCACGAGGCCCAGGAAGGCCACCUUUGAGGAGUUACAGUCGGUGCACACGGAGUCUCACGUGUACGCGUUCGGCGGGCGGUCGCGCGAGCGCGCGGCGGUGGGGGCGGCCCCCGGCCCGGCGGCGGGCGGGCCGGCGGGCGGCGCGGCGGGCGGUGGGGGUGGGACCGGCCCCCGCGCGCUGCGGCUGGUGCGGCUGGCGUGCGGCGGGCUGGGCGUGGACGCGGACACGCCGUGGAGCGAGGCGCACACGCCGGCCGCCGCGCGCCUGGCCGCCGGCGCGCUGCUCGACCUGGCGCUGCGCACCGCGCGCAACGAGCUGCGCAACGGGUUCGCAGUAGUCCGACCGCCCGGCCACCACGCAGAGCCAAACCAGGCCAUGGGCUUCUGCUUUUUCAAUAACGUGGCCGUCGCCGCCAAGCAACUUCACCAGCGGCUCGGUCUGCAGAGGAUACUUAUCGUCGAUUGGGACGUGCACCACGGCAACGGCACGCAGCAGAUCUUCUACGAGGACCCGUCGGUGCUGUACAUCUCGCUGCACCGGCACGACGACGGCAACUUCUUCCCGGGCACGGGCGCGGCCAGCGAGUGCGGGGCGGGCGCGGGGCUGGGCUACACCGUCAACGUGGCCUGGCCCGGCCACCCGCCGCUCGCCGACGCCGAGUACCUCGCCGCCUUCCGCACGCUCGUCAUGCCCAUCGCCAAGGAGUACGACCCGGAGAUAGUGCUGGUGUCGUGCGGGUUCGACGCGGCGGGCGGGCACCCCGCGCCGAUGGGCGGCUACAACGUGUCGCCCGCCUGCUUCGCGCACAUGACGCGCGACCUCAUGCAGCUCGCCAACGGGAAGGUGGUGCUGUCGCUGGAGGGCGGGUACGACCUGGCGGCCAUGUGCGACUGCGCGGCGGAGUGCGUGCGCGCGCUGCUGGGCGAGCGCGGCGCGGCGCCGGCGCUGGCCGAGCUGGCCCGCGUGCCGCACGCGCGCGCGCAGCUCGCGCUGCGGGCCGCGCUGGCCGCGCAGGCGCCGCACUGGCCCGCCGUCAAGCGCUUCCUGCCGCUCGUGGGCGUGUCGGCGCUGGACGCGGCGCCGGCCGUGGCGGGCGCGCGGCUGGGCCGCCUGCAGACCGAGCGCGACGCCGCCGACACGGCCGCCGCCAUGGCCACGCUGUCCAUGCACCCGCCCGCGCCCGCCCUGCUGCCGCACCCGCCCCCCGCGCACCCGCCCCCCGCGCACCCGCCCCCCGCGCACGCGCACCCCCCGCACCCGCUGCCGCUCGCGCUCAGUCGUUCGGAGAGCUCACGAUCUGUGUCUGAAGAGCCGAUGGAGCAAGAUGAAGGCAAAUGAGCGGUUGAACUUUAGUCCUAAUGUCCCUACAUCCACCGUCCUCACUCCCCUAUAUCCCAUAGUGUCCCACCCUCCCCCCCCCUCUCCCCCCGCACACAACAUUCCGCGCCCCGCGCCCCGUGCGACCCCGCUCCAGACGAAAUCUUAAUUUGAAAGCUUUAAUAUUUUAAGAUUUGUGUACAAACUGUAAACUAUACGGACACGCGUGUGUGUGUGUCCCGUCCGGGGACCGUCCCCGCCGUGGGGCUACCGAACGGCUCCUCGUCCGCGUGACCUUUUGUCGCACAUUUUUGUCGACUCCGACUCGCCCGUACUGUAUUGUGUGGAGCUAGGCCGCUUUUCGCUGAUCUUUUGUGUUUAUAAAUUAAUUGAAUGGAGUCCCGGUCAGCCUACGUAGCUCCACGCAGUCCAGUGCGGGGUGAGGGGAGGGGGGGGGGCCGCUCGGAGGGAGCGCGUGGGCCUCAGCCGCGAUGGCCUGGUGCCGGCUCGCACUUUACUGUUACUAGAUUUGUCUUUUGUCAAAAAUAUGAAAUAUUUUUUAAUGUUGUCCGGGACGUUUCUUGCCCUUUAUGGAAUACAGUUCCGAUAAGUUUGUUCCGAUUGAUGUACAAGUUAGUAUAGCUGUCCCCUCAGCAGCGAGCCGGCGCCGGCGCGCGUCAUACCAAAGAUAUCCGCCGCGUUCCCGUGCGUGUGUGCGUGUCUGUGUGUCUGUGUACACACGCACGCACGCACACACGCGCCCCACGCACGCACACGCGCGCGUCCCCUUGUUGUUGCUUGCGGCAAUGUGCUGAUCGUGUUAAGUUGUAAGUUUACUUCUCUCGUACAAAACAUCGCAAGGUGAGCUUGUUUUGUGACUAAAUAUUACGUGUACGAUAAAUACGAUAAGCCCCAUUUGUGUAAAGUAGCCGUAACGCGGCGGGCGGCCGGAGAGCUGCGCUUUCGUUGUAAAUAAAUAUUUAAAUAGAUUAUAUUGGUGAGUGCCGCCCGCCGCUCCACUUAGUGAAAUCUGUGUAUAGAUAUUAUAUUGUAACCCAGUAAUGGUAAAUAAUUGUUAUUUUUAUAUGAGAAUGUCUAACGGCGGACGUUCCCUGAGUCCCGCCGCGGGACGCUCUAGUGGAACUAUUUUUUAUGUAUUUUGAACAUAAAUUUGUAUAUUUGAUGUUUUCGGCGCGUCGCGUCGCUCUUGUAAAUAAAAUACUUAUGACUGUUUUCAGAUAUUUAAAUGUUCGGUUGAGACGUAUGUUGACGUAGAUGUUUAUAUUUGUUGGAACUGAGAUGUUUUCGCCGCAGAGUGCGGCUUGUCGCCAUUCGUGCAAUAUAAUUUAUAGCGAUGUUAUUUGCCGCGCCGUGUGGGAUACAUUGAGCUAUGUGUAUAUAAGGAAGCGGCGCGGUUCUGUCUGUAUGUAACGUACAUUUAUGUAACGUAUAUUUUUGUAUCGGCCUCGCGCCGCCGCGACUCGGAUUCGAUCCGCGCGAUUAACAGAUUUAAACAAUGUUGUGUCUUUGAGAAUUUUAUUGUUACAAUGGAAAACAAAUGAAAUAAUUAUUUAAUGAAUGUAUAUAUUAAAUAUAUAUAUUUGGAAAUA